GCCGGCCGAGGCGGGCUCCGCUCCCGCUGCGGGGACACCCACCUCACGGCGUCCCCGCUCCGCCGGGCCGAGCCCCAAGUAUCGCGGGAGCCGGGCGCUGCCCGCGCCGCCGCAGCCAUUGGGCGGCGCGCCGGAGGAGAGGCGGCGGCGGCGGCUGACGGGCGGCCACCGACCCUGAGCCGCCGAGGCGGCGGCGGCGCCGAGCCGAGAGCGAAGCCAGCGCAGCCCCGGCCGCGCCUUGGGGCCGCUGUCCCGCCGCGACGCGCCUCGGCGGCCAUGAGGAGAAGGAGGGCGGUGGCGGCGGCGGGCUCUGCCCCGGGCGGGCGGCGGCGCUGCUGCUGCUGCUGAGCGCGGGGCCGGGGUCGCCGCUGUGGGUGCUCGGCGUCCCGCCGCAGGCACUUGGAAAGUUAUCCAGCAGUUCAGUACUAAGAUAGUGCUUUAGGAGCAUGGCCGAAGCAGAACUCCCAACCUUGACAUGGAAUGCAGCUUAUAAUGUGGGAUGCUUGUCUUUGCUUCCAUGUUGGAUUUGAACUGUGGGAGUUUGAUACAUCUCAGCAACUGUUGUCUUUCCUCAGCAUUUGAGCUAGACACCAAGUAAAGCAAUGAGGAGAUUUGUUUACUGCAAGGUGGUUCUAGCCACUUCUCUCAUGUGGGUGCUUGUGGACGUCUUUUUACUUCUGUACUUCAGUGAAUGUAAUAAAUGUGAUGACAAGAAAGAGAGGUCUCUGCUGCCUGCUCUGAGGGCUGUUAUUUCUCGAAACCAAGAAGGACCUGGAGAGAUGGGAAAGGCUGUGCUCAUUCCAAAGGAUGACCAGGAGAAGAUGAAAGAGCUGUUUAAAAUCAACCAGUUUAAUCUUAUGGCCAGUGACUUGAUUGCCCUGAACCGAAGUUUGCCUGACGUGAGAUUAGACGGUUGCAAGACAAAAGUCUACCCCGACGAACUCCCCAACACAAGUGUAGUUAUUGUGUUUCACAACGAAGCCUGGAGUACUCUGCUUCGGACCGUGUACAGCGUUAUAAAUCGCUCGCCGCACCGCCUGCUUUCGGAAAUCAUCCUGGUGGACGAUGCCAGCGAGAGAGAGUUUCUGAAGGCCUCGUUAGAGAAUUAUGUGAAAAAUCUGGAAGUCUCCAUAAAAAUCAUUCGGAUGGAGCAGAGGUCAGGACUGAUCCGCGCGCGGCUCCGAGGGGCAGCAGCCUCUAAAGGGCAGGUGAUAACGUUCCUGGACGCACACUGCGAGUGCACCCUGGGCUGGCUCGAGCCGCUGCUGGCCAGGAUAAAGGAGGACAGGAAAACUGUUGUCUGCCCAAUCAUUGAUGUGAUCAGCGAUGACACGUUUGAAUACAUGGCUGGAUCUGAUAUGACUUAUGGAGGGUUUAACUGGAAACUUAACUUUCGCUGGUAUCCAGUUCCCCAGAGAGAAAUGGACAGGAGGAAAGGAGACAGGACCUUGCCUGUAAGGACCCCUACUAUGGCUGGUGGCCUAUUUUCUAUUGACAGAAACUACUUUGAAGAGAUAGGAACUUACGAUGCAGGAAUGGAUAUCUGGGGUGGCGAGAAUCUUGAAAUGUCUUUUAGGAUUUGGCAGUGCGGCGGCUCCCUUGAGAUUGUCACCUGCUCCCACGUUGGCCAUGUUUUCCGAAAGGCAACACCUUACACCUUCCCCGGUGGCACAGGACACGUCAUCAACAAGAACAACAGGAGACUGGCAGAGGUCUGGAUGGAUGAGUUUAAGGACUUCUUCUAUAUAAUAUCCCCAGGUGUUGUUAAGGUGGAUUAUGGCGAUGUGUCUGUCAGAAAAGCACUAAGAGAAAACCUGAAGUGUAAACCCUUCUCGUGGUACUUGGAAAACAUCUAUCCCGACUCCCAGAUUCCACGGCGUUAUUACUCACUUGGUGAGAUCAGGAACGUUGAAACCAACCAGUGUUUAGACAACAUGGGCCGCAAGGAAAAUGAAAAAGUGGGCAUUUUCAACUGCCAUGGCAUGGGCGGAAAUCAGGUGUUUUCUUACACUGCUGACAAAGAGAUCCGCACGGACGACUUGUGCCUGGACGUCUCGAGGCUGAACGGCCCCGUCAUCAUGCUGAAGUGCCACCACAUGAGGGGGAACCAGCUCUGGGAGUACGAUGCCGAGAAGCUCACCCUGAGGCACGUCAACAGCAACCAGUGUCUGGAUGAGCCGUCGGAGGAGGACAAGAUGGUUCCCACCAUGAGGGAGUGCGGUGACAGCCGUUCCCAGCAGUGGCUGCUGCGCAACAUGACCCUGGGUGCCUGAAGUCGGCGCAGACCCGCUGCCUCGGCCGGGAUGUCCUCCUCCUCCUCCUGCCCUCCUCCUUGCCGAGGCCGGCGGUGCCGAAGCCGUCUCCAAAUCCCAGCUGUCAGAGCAAAGUCACGGGGGGGUUCCCUGGAUGCGGCGGGUCUCCACAUGCCCCUUCGAAACCUGUGCCCGUUCAAAAGAAGCUCAUCUGAGCCUAUAAAUGUCAAAACAUGUGCUGUUACCAACACAAAUGUGCUCAAAAACGGUUCCAGAGACACCUCUAUGAACCCUACAUCGAAGAGGUUGGGAUGGAGGGUGCUUUCUGUGUGUCACACACCGCGACGGAGAAGGGACCCGAUAUAAAAUGCCUUAUGACACUAACUGGCACUGGGAACCAUCCUGGCAGGCGUCUCCUGAGCUGGAUGUGUUGGUGCUGGUCUUUCCUCGCAACACAGUGGGGAUAUUUGCUGUUCUCUUGUGUUGAGUGGGACUCGGUGAAGAACCCCACUGAGCAGCAAAGUCGCUGUACAGAGCGAAAGCUUCGUGGUUUGUGCCAGGAAAAAAAUGGGAUCCGGUGUUUGGAAAAGCAGCCAAACUGAGCAAAGGCUGCACUCAGAAACUGAAAUCAGAUCAAAUGAGGCAACAGCAAAAGAUGCGGGAACAACGUUAAGAAGAAGGAG